CAGGUCUUUCCCAGCAGGCUGUCUGAUCCAGUCCAUGCCAUAAUUCCCAAAACUAAACCCAGAUCCUUUACAGGAGAGACUGAGAGUGUCACCAGGUUUCUUCAGCACUGCACUGGAGGGAAUGGACUCCAGGCUUUCACUUUUCACCACUGCUGAACAAAAACAAGAGGCACAUGAAUCAGACUACAUCUCUAGUACUAAUCUGAAAAGGGAUUUGAUAUUCACUGCAACUCACAGGCUAUGGUGCUGAGUAGCAUCAGUAAGAGUGUGUCCUUCAUCCUGUGGGUGUUGAUGUUAACUCAGCUGCAGCUCACAGUUCUGCAGCUCAGUUCUUGCAUAAUCAUGGCAGCCAGCAGGAAGUCACGUAAGAGGUACUGCAAGAGUCUGGCCAUAUAUCUGGGAAACCAAGAGUGUGCCUGUGCUCUUGUGGAAGUCUGUUGUGUAUAAUGUCUCAGAUAAAUCUCAUAUCUCCAUCUCAUACCGACAUCUACCUCUGAGCCUCAUUCCUAAUAGAUAUGGAAUAUAAAUUUGAUGGUCUUGUGAUUUUAUGAUUCACUGUGGGUGGAACCAGAUGUUUGGAUCAGGCACUUGGCUUACAGACAAAUCCAUCCAUGAACCUAAAGUGUCCGUCUAUUCUACCAUCAAACCUCAACAAGGGAAGAACACCUUUCUGUGCCAUGCCAGUGAUAUAUUCCUGGAUAUGGUCAGAUUCCACUGGAAGGUGUUGAAAGAUGAUAACUGGGUCAACGUGGAGAAGAGCGAUGGUGAGGUGCUGGAGUCGAGCUUCUCAGAUAAGACAAGGACCAGUAUGAUGAUUAUUGACAAGCAGAAGGCCGAUGCCAACCGCUAUGCCUGCUCAGUCGAGCCCAACAGGGAAGGAAAAGAGAGCGAGCCUCUGGAGAUAAAGAAAGCCACAGAAGCGCAAACUGAACCUGGUCCAACUACAAGCUUUCUUGCAAUAACCUGCCCACCUGCCAACACAGCUAUAUCCAAGCCACUCAUACCAGAUGCGUGUUCUGGAGCUGCACGCAGUCUAUAUCUGGCAACAUGGAUGUACACUCUUAUGAUUUUUAAAAGCAUGGUGUACUUCUGUGCCAUCUCCUACUUCUUAUGCACUAAGAAUGUGGGAAGGAAUCCCUCCUGUGACAGGAAAGCUCCAUGACACCAUGACUGUGGAGCUGAGAGAUUUUCUUAUUCUUCAUUAACAGCAUACUUUUGUGAUGCUAGUGUAAAAUCAGAAGCCAUUGAUCUUUGUCAUAUUCUCUUCUCUCAGCAAAUAUUAUUUUUCAAUAGAACUCUCUAUGAGUGUUUUUGCACAUUAUUUCCUCUUUAUUUUCUCCGAUGUAUUUUUUAAUGUUUAUCUUUUUUUGCUUUAUUGCUUUAUGUUUUGAUGUG